GAUGUCUACAGGCGAUGUCCGCCGUCGGUCGGUCAGCAGCGUCAGCAGUAUAGAGUUAAGAUUCCUCUUAACCUCAAAAACGUCACCACAGCAGCUUCGAAUGACAGCUUGGACAGCUUCUCGAACCAGAGAUGUUCUCUAAUUUUUAAGAUUAUUGUUGCUGCAUGAACUUGUCAGCUAUCCUUAUGUACGAAUUUUGACGGAAAGAUAGUUGAGUUGACAAUAUAAGAAACAAACACAUCGGAAAAAAUGAACGCUCAAAUAAGGCAAACGUACGAGGGUUUGUUACACAAAUAUACGAAUGCCAUGAAAGGCUGGCAGUAUCGAUGGUUUAUUCUUAGUCCUGAAACUGGCGAGCUGCAUUAUUUUCUCAGUGAAUCUGAGAAAAAUCAGAGGCCAAGAUGCUCUAUUUAUCUCGCCGGUGCAGUUAUAGCUCCAAGCGACGAAGAUUCCAACACCUUUACCGUCAACUCUGCUACGGGUGAUAUGAUAAAACUUAGAGCAACAGAUGCCCGAGCUCGGCAAGAAUGGGUGGACAAGCUAAGAGCAGUUACAGAGAUGUAUACCCGAGCAAUAGCGAGCAGUCAUCCACCUUUACCACCGAGAGAGCAUUGUACCAAUACAAACAGGACACCGGUAGCGAAACUCGAAGUGCUUGAUGCAUUCGCUAAUUGUAGAGAGCAAUUAAGCAAAGUUGAGAAACAGAGUCAUGCUCUAGCACGAACGAUAGAAAAUUCAAACCUCCACCUCGAUCCAGAUCUUUUGGUGCUCAAGGCUACGGCUCACGCAACUCUCCACACUUUGAACCAAUGCUUGAAUAUUUUAUAUCAAUAAUUCUUGUCCAGGGGACUUCCAAGAGCAACUAUUUGCCCUUUAAUUUCGAGUGAUCAUUCGAAAUGGUCUGAGAUGAACUCCGAAAACUUAAGAUAUCCAUUGUCUCGAGGUUUGACCUGCAUUUAACAAUUUGCUAUUAUUUCUAUUGUUUUUCCUGAUACGGAGUACUAUUAAUUUACUUGACAAUCGUUAGUCUCUUGACUUGUGCAUUCUUCUCUUCGUGAUCUUCCAAAAUCCUUUUGAUUUAUUUUUCUCUCGUUCUUAUAUUGUACAAUUUUUGUCGAAUACUUAAUGCCUCGAAAACCAACUAAUGUAUGUACGACCAAUCUCUUUUUCGAGAAACCUUUUGCACGAGUUUUAAGAGCAAACAAAGCAUAUCGUAUGUUUUAUGGAUUAACGAUGAUCUAUUGUUUCAUGCCCGGUCUAUCGGCAGUGAAAACCCGUUUUCUUCAUCCCGUGCAACGAGAUUGAUUCAGUUUUCUUUUUAUACGUGUGAUGCGAUUCUAUUUUUUUUAAGGAUUGAGAUAAUGAGAGUAGAACAUUUGACUGUUGGGAUUGUUUGGUAAAAAGCAACGACGUCACGGAUCAAAAUUAUUUUCAACGUCAUCUUGUAACGAGAAUUGCAGUGGUGCGAAAGCAAAAAUCUCCCUGUUCAGUCUUACAACUGGACAGCAGUAUGCAUAAUCAUCGAAUUUUUGAGAGUACAAUUUUUCGAAAGAUUUUUUCUUGCACCUGUGCACAUGAAUUUUUUUAGAAUCUGUUCAAACAUUCUUACAUCUAGCUAUGGAUAAAAUCUUACUAUGAGUUUUAUUAAUAGACUACGUAGAUACGUAAACGUGAUUGAAGACGAAAUAUAUUAUAAAUUAAAGUUAAAAAAAACCCAUGAAAAUGUAAAUCAAUUCCAUGAGGCGACGUCGAGAAAAAUUAUGAGUUUUAUUUUUGAAAAUAAACAUUGAUAGAGAUAACUCGUAGAAUUUUUGGUUGCACUAAACACUUUUUUUUAUAAAAAAAUACAUCUAGAAAGUAGUCGAUAAAAUUAGAUACUAGAAUGAUCCACUCGAGAUGUGUGGAUCAUUUAAGUUUCUAAAAUGUCAAUGUCACUCGGCAGAUGCAAUCUUAUGGAUCACUCCAACAUAACUUAGAGAUUUUUUUCUUGGUAAUAAUUCAACACAAGAAAAACAGUUUCCAUCAAUCUUUAUGAUUCUCCACAGUUUAAUUAUUACACUUACGAUACUGUUUUUCUCUACUCAAGUCUGUAAUCCGAAUUUGUUAUAAGAGCAUAUCGUAAUUGGUUUGUGAAAUUGGGACGACGAGCCACGCGAAUUGUAAUUUUUUAUUUAGAAACAUUUUAGAGCAGUCAGCCAUAAUCGUAGCUUGCUGCAAUAAACCCACGAAAAUAGCAGCUCGUCGAUAGGAUUUUAAUAAUCGCUCUUGUUAAAACGAAUGCACAAGCAACAAAAUUCAAAGAAAAAGUGUUAAAUUAAGAAAUUUUUUUAAGACUCUUGCACUUUUGCAGAUUGGAAUGUGAAAUUAUUUUGCUCCUUCCGUUUUUAUGUGACUUUUAGAUUUUUAUUGACAAUAUUAUGCGAAAAAAAUUAACAAUUAACAAGUCUGAUAGAUGCAUGGCGUAAAAAACUUCAAACUUUCGGUAACACGUACUAAAAUAUUUCUAGCGCCUUCGAACUUGGUACAAAUUAAAAUAAAAAACAUAUUGUUCAUGUUCCCAGAAAGAAAUCGAAGAAAAAAAUGUGGCUGUAUAUAUAUACAUUCUUGAAAUAUGAAAUUGUAAUAUUAUGUUUAAAUGGAAUAAUAAGAAAAACGAGAAUGGCACGAUAAUCGAGAUGAAACAGGCAUUUUUUUGUUUUUUCACUUCUCUAUAAUAUCAAUGCCAAGUGCACGGAAAAAGAAUAUAUUUGGGUGAAGGUGAGCGACUUUUACAACGUCGCCACCACGCUGGUCCAUCCGGUACGGUAUGAGCCGCUCUCCAUACGUUUGCUCUUUCACAAUCCACCGUUGAGCCAUACUCGUCUUGAAUCGUCCGCGAAGUGCGCUGUUCAUCCAGCAAAAUCUUUUACCCACGGUAAGAAUAAUGAAAAGAAAAAAAAAUCUCGUUAAUUAAAUAUAUGAAAAAAAAAAAAAAAAA